AUUGAUUAUCAACAGGCCUCAGCAAUGUGUAUAUUUUCCACCGAUCAUAAUAUAUCCUAUUCUACGGGCCUCCUAAUCCUAACUCAAUAGAAUAUUUUUCGCUUCAAAUUUGAAUGUAGAUGGUAAAUAAUUGAAAUUAACUUGACUUUGACGUAUAUUGUCUUCAUUGUUAAUUAACUUCAAUUAUGACAACUAUGGCCGAAGAUUUUACUCAGCUGGCUCACGCAAUUAAGUCUCUGGAGAGAACAAUCAGGCAAAACAAUUUAAUAUUAAAUGGUAAACAACCGUCGAAACGUAUAUCUACUGAAACGGACAGCCGUAAGGCAGUGAAAUUGAAGGCAUUACCUUCCGAGGAUGCAAUAGAAGAUGAUGAGAUUAUUAACAGGGUUUGUCUGCUUCGUCUGUUUAUCAGUUCGCAAAUAAGUAUAUACAGUUCGUAGUAGUUUCGCGUAAAUAUAUUUAAAUAAAAAAAAAAUGUUUAUUCAGAAGUCUUAUUAACUCAGCCUAAAUCAGUUUUGGUGCUAUAUAAUCCUAGGUGUUUCGUAUUAAUAAACCGGUACUAAUCGAUUUUUUUCUUGUCGAAUCGAUCAUUUAAGGUUGAUAUUGUUGUUAUUAGUAAACCAUGGAUAAUCAGACAAAUAAAAAGGUGAGAUAGACGUAAUGAAAGGUUUAUUUAAGCACAGCGAAGCUGAUUACUAUAUACAAGAACAAAGGAAGCUAAGAAAUAUGGAACAAAAUCGAACAGCAAUUUUAUUUUCGUUACAGCUUCCUAGAGGAUAAAACAAUCGAUAAUAUAAUGUAUCCUUUAUUCUCCAGCGGGAGGUCUAUAUUAGGGUAGUUUUCCUCAAAUUGGGCGAAAUCGAUACGCUUAAGGAGAAAUACGCCGCUGACGUUUUCUUUCAAGCUCGCUGGAGAGAGGAAAGGUUCGAUAACAAGGACGAGAUAGAAGAAGACGAUAUUGUUUGGGAUGAGUAUUGGUCACCUAAGCUUUCUAUUGAGAAUUUACUUAAUUCUACAUUAAUGGAUGUGUGGAGAUUAGUUGAGAAAGACGAGAAUGGACAUGCGUAUAUAACAGAGAAGCACAGAAUAAACGGAACUUUUGCAGAGUCGCUUGAGUUAAACGAGUUUCCGUUCGAUACUCAGGAUUUAACUAUUAAAGUCAUAACUGAAAGAUCGGAAGCGGAAGUGCAGCUAUGUGCCGAUAAGCAUGAAAUAUCUUCAGUCAAUAAUCAAUCAUUCGUCGACGAACAAGAAUGGAGAUUGCAUAGUGCUGUAAUGACAUGGAAUGUUGUAACGGCUAAAGUUUAUAAGAAUAGAAGACAUAAGCAUCCUGCCUUAUGUUCAGCGUGUAAGGUCACAAGAAGGCCCGAAUUUUUCAUAUGGAAUAUUCUUGUUGUCAUGAUGUUUAUCUGCAGUCUGGCUUUUGCUACAUUUACUGUCGAUUAUAAAUUACCUCAGAAUAGACUGCAAUUAACUUUUAUCUUACUGUUAACAACUGUUACAUUCAAGUUUGUCGUAAACCAAAGUUUGCCAAAAAUAUCCUAUUUGACUUAUUUAGAUAAAUAUAUACUUACGUCAAUGACGAUCCUUAUCUCGAUAUGUGUUUGGCACGCCAUCGUACCGAAACUGGGAUUAGAUGACGAAGAUUCGGAAGAGGCAGAUAAGAUUGCCCUUGGGGUGCUCGGUGCCAUCUAUCUUGUCUUUCAUAUUUUUUUUGGAUUCUGGAUUUCUUGUGCGGUUUGUAUUAAGUUUUUAGUUUUUAUCAGAUUUCCCUUUUUUUUAUUUGAAGAAAAGAGGGAUUAUCAAUUCCUAGAAUAUUUUAUCAAACUUUUUUUUCUUAAUGAAAAUCUAGUCUUUGAAGAAGAGGCUUAAUAUUCUUAAAGAGGAUGCGGAUUACCUCGUAAGUUGUUAUUUCUUUAUAAGAGUAUACAGUAUACAAUAAAAGUGGCGGAUAAUGAUCAAUUUCCGCUUAAGAAACUCAUUUAAUAAAUUCUCAUCGAUUUACGUCUUUUGAAUGACAAUCAAAGAUUAUCCUUUCAGGCUAAAAUCAAUGGUAAAAGCCCCAAGAAAGUUGCCCCAUCUGAUGAACCAAAUCAAGAUCUGGCUUAAUCUUUCAACGGAAAGGAUAAAGAUUCCAAUAAAAAAUACUUCAAUUAUUGACAUUUGUGUUCUCUUUUUCCAUUUUUUAUAUUAAAUAUCUUGACGAUUAUAUUGUAUUUCUUAUUUCAAAGGGAAAAAUUGCCUUGAUUGUUAUUUUAAUAAUUACAAGUCGAUAUUCAAAUUUUAUCAUCAAUUGUGUAUUAUUAGUCUUACUUCGUUUCGUUUGUUUGAUGGCAAAAUAAAAGCUUGAAAGAUUC